AUGAUGCAAAAUUUUAGGAUACUAUCCUUUCUCCUGAUCCUAUGUACAUGGGGCAGCAUAGUGUCUGGGAAAAGUUUGCUUGCAAAUUUAAUGAAACAAGCAGAAACCCUUCAACAUGGUCUUGAUUUAGCAUCAAAAGUGGGUGAUAUAGGGUCACACAGAAAUGAUGUAGCAUUCACUGCUGUGCCAUCAAGUUCGUGGUCGUACAGCUCAGGAUCUGUGAUAAGGUUUAAUUCAGUCAAAAUCAACCAUGGAAAUGCUUUCAGCACCAGUAACUACCGUUUCACGGCCCCAUCUGCUGGUCUGUAUGUCUUUUCCUGGAGUAUUGCCACUCACAGCAGUUAUUAUGGGCACUCAAGGCUGAUAAAAGAUGGGUCAACAUAUCACCAGACUCACUGCCAGAGAACCUAUGAGCAGUGUGGUUCUACCGUUACUAUCUGGCUCAACAAAAAUAACCAGGUCUGGAUAACAUCUAGGAGUUCCAGUUUUUAUGCAUAUGGUACAUACUCGUCCUUUUCUGGGUGGAAAAUACACUAAAUGUUUGUAGGCUUCGUGACAGCUGCUCUAUUCCUGUUUCCCGGCAAAAAAAAAUUAAUAAAAAAUAUCUCAAGUUGAAA